UUUUUGUUAAAAGUAGACCAACUUAGUUGCAUUAUGUGAAACUACACGCAGCAGACUGCUAUACCAACAGCGGACUGUAAUCGCCCAAGCAGACAGUUCUGGUUAUUUCUGGUUUUCAAUAAAGUGGAAAUUUAUCAGACCUAUAAAAAAGUCAACAAUGCGUGUGUGGUUUUGUCCACGUAAAUCUCGACACCAGUGGGUGGCAUUUCUGUUUAUCGUCUGUUUCGUUGGUGUCUUUUUGUCCUACCGGCGUCUCAUGAACAGCGAGAGUGAGAAACACAUGAAAUCUGACAAGGAGCUACAUUCCAAUAAAAACUUUGUACAAAUUCAGGAAAAUCUCAAACAGCAAGUGAAGGAUGAUCUUAAGUCAGGAAAAAUCCCUGUUGAUCCAAUAAUUGGAUCAAAGUUUGUGAAAGAGGAUGGAAAUAUUGUUAACAAUCCCCCAAAGUUAGAAAAUUCUGAACUUAUAGUAGGGAGAGUGCUAGAAAAUGCAGAGGAUUAUAUCUCAAAUGGGGAAAAACUAGCUCGAUUGAAGUUACUGGUUGUACAGUUAAGUCCACAAGACUGGAAAACUGCACCGGAUGCAGAUGAAAUAGUUCUGUUGACUAAGUCAGAGUUCAUGGACCUUAAAAUCAUCAGCAAAAUGAGCUGUCGGGAAAUCGAUCAUUUGGUUGCCAUAAAUCGCCAGAGUGGAUACCACGGGAAAAAAUAUGUUGAUUACAUGAAAACUCAUCGAGAUUCAGACAUUGAAAUGGUGGUUAAAAGUGUGGGUCAUGACGAGCAGUUCAAAAUCAGCUGCAUGAAACAGGACUACAACAAUGACAGGUGCUCGUUCAUGGCCAAUUAUAAACUCCUGAAGGAGCUUGUGUUGCUGGCAUUAUUGGAGAAUCCAGCUCUUGUUCAGCUUAAGGGGUUUUGCCUGCGAGGGGAUGCAAUUGACUUAAGGGUCAACAAAAGAGGGAUCGUGUUGGUAACUGAGGCUGGGACACAGCUUGAAACGGGGAUGAUCAUGCACCUGCCAUGGGCUACAAAACUGAAGAUGCUACUACAGCUGUAUGAGCUAUUACGGUACCUGGACACCAGCCCCGCCGGUUCCCUGGGCUUUGAGGCUCUGCAGCUCCACGAUUUUGUACUCGUUGAAAACAGCCUGAGACUGGUUGACUUAGACAACCUCAGGGUAGGGGAACCAGCGUGCACCACAGAUGUGCAGUGUCAGGAUGCCUCCCUAGACGUUGUUUCUAUCAAGUGUCAGCAGAACACAUGUCAGGGGUAUAACUCACGUGUCAACAUGGAACUUGUUCGUUCUGUCGUCGUGGAGCCCAUGUUGCAAACGUUCCCGAGCUCUGUCAGACAGGAAGUACAGAAUUUCCUGUCUGAUCUGCAGCGAAAGAAGCUUUCUGUGAAGGACUGUGUGACCUGGCUGGAAGUACAGCUGACCGCAUACAACUCCAUGUGGCGUGAGGGUGAGGCACAACAGGACCGGGCAGAAGGUCAGAUGGCACAGGUCACAGAAAGGUCAAAGGUCGCAGACAGGGAUCAGGAGUUCAACAAUCUGAGAGUCACACCUGUCGGAAAACCACCAGUCAGCAAGCCAGAUGAUGGUACACUGAAGGUUGGCAGUAACAGAGACCUUCGUAAUGGAUUCCAGAGAUUUGACAAUGCAAAUUACCCAGGCCAGUUUGACUACAAGUGCACGAGGUCUCGAGUGUCGUGGGGCUGCGUUAUAACUGUGACAAACCUGGAGGAGGCACUGAGUCUCUGCCAGACUGACCCUCUCUGUCAGUCGUUUGUCAUUUUCUCCUCGAAUCCAGAGAACGAUGCUCAAAUGACAGUUAUCAUGAAGAAUGGGGCAAAUGACCAGCCAGACAUCAACAAUGGGGUAACUCUCUUCAGGAAGGCACACGAUCAUUACAAGAGGAAACCCAGUGCUAACAACACAACCACUUUUAGAAAUGAAGAUACUCUGUCAGUGAGAUCUGGUGGUGUAAAAGAGAGUCAGGAGAAGUGUGUUGCAAGGAUACAGAACUUGACGGAGAGUGGUCGAGACAAGAGGGAGAAAAGACUCUACGCACAUCUCGGGAUGAAAGACCUGUCAGAGAAGGACUGGCUCCACUAUGCGGCUAGCCUGCACAUCACACACCACCUUGGCGCCUCACAGCUGUCGGACGAGAAUACCAAGGGUGGAAGGUUCAAGUUUCAGUUCGAAAAUAGCAGCAUGAGCCUUCAGAGAGGGGAGUACCUGCUGGAGUACGGGCCCAAUCGGCACCAUGUCGCUCACAUGGCGGCAUAUAGCCUGGACAGAAUACUUGGGCUGUACAACGUGCCCCCUGCCAUUGCGAGACCUCUCUUCUACCCGGAGUACACCAAGAUUGCAGGGCACCAGGACCUCAUUCAAAGCAUGCUCAACGCCACUGACAGGCUGGGUAGCAUCAUGCCAGGUAUCGUCACAGUGAGUAUACCCCCGGUGAUGAAGACAAUACCCCUGUCAAUCCAGAAGCGCGACUCUCUUGUCCAGCAGGUGACCUCGUUCUCCCGUGGCCAGAGGCUCGAGCUCGAGUACGUUUUGCUGUGGUCGUUGACUCAGAUGUUGAAACCUUCCCAUGGCUUUCUGGGGUAUAAAGGUCACAUGAUACAUUUUGAGGCUGAUCUUGCGUUUACGAGGCAUUUCAAGAACCAGAUGGGCUACUUCUACAACUGCCAGUUCCCAAACAACGUCUACAAGAUGAUGAUCUGUUACAAGUGCCAGGGAGGGGACAAAUCCCUCAACAAGAUCUGUGGUCUAGGACAGGAGAUGGUGUCCAGGAUACGUGACAGUAGCGGUUACCAGGAUACUGAUAUCGCCAUUGACAACAUGAAGUCCGUCACCAUGGCAGAUAUAGUGGACAACAUGGCUGGGGCCAUUCUUCACAUUGUGGACCAUUGCAUCAAGACAUUCUCACGGGAGCUCGUGCUAUACUGAGAACACGGAUACCUAGACUUAAUGCAUGCACGGAAAGUGUCCUCCCAGAUUUGCCUGUGUGGACUACAGGAAAGACUUUUUAAGCCUAAACUGGAUUUUCUUUGCUAAGAAGAGACUUUUUUAAAGAAAAAUACCAUUAAAGGUGGAAAUUUUUGUCCCUGAUUAGCCUUUUUGUAGUGGACAUGCUUAUAUGGAAGACACCUAACAAACAUGAAUACACCGAUACCUGGUGCCUGCAUUGUAUCCAUACAUUUGGAAGCGUUUGAGCUGCUAAAUUGACAAAUGGGACUUGAUUCGUCUGCCUGAGGUGUCUGCAUUUUAUUCUCCCAGGAGACCGUUUCAAUUAAAGCUUUUAAGUUAGUUAUUAUGAGUAAGUUAUUAGAUAUUUACAAUUGCAAACUGACAAGUUGUGAGUGUCUGAAGGAGACAUAUUGUAUCAGUCUUCAGGACAGCUGUGUCUGUAUUUAUGAUAUAAAUGUUUUCAUUUCGCAGAAGUCUCUUCUAAACCUAAAGCUGCUGCAGACAGUAAGAGUCCUUCUGGAUAAGACUGAUAAGACUGUGCAGACUUACACAUUUGUGGGAAAACUGGGUUUAAUGCAUGUGCGUCAACUGUCAUCCCAGAUUAGCCUAUGCAGUCUGAAUAGGCUUAUCAGGGACAACACUUUCCAACUAAACUGGACUUUUGUUUAGAGGAGACUUCCUUUAAUUGAUAACUUCUAUAAAAGCGGAAAUUUUUAACCCUUAUUAGCCUUUGCAUACUGUAGAGUCUAAUCUGGGUUGACACUGUAAGCACAUUCUUUAAGCCCAGUUUUCCUAGAAUGAAGCUCAUUUAAAGGCCCAGUUUUCCUGGGUCAUAACUCACAUUAUUUCUCUAGGAAAUAGGUUUUUAUACUGAGUACACACUAUCUGCAUUGUAUUGAGUUAUCAGUUUUCUGUUAUCAGUUUUCUGUUAUCAGUUUCAAUCAUCUUGUUGAUUUUUGAAGCAUGAUUUAUGAUAUUAUUCUGUUGUUGAGUUUAGUUUUGAAUGGUGUUUUCGGAAAGCUAUGCAUUAAAUGUGGGGUGUAAGUUGUCUGAGACAUUAUAGUCAAUUACUUAUGACUAUAGGGAGUUUAAUGUGGAAAUCCAUCAGUGAUCUACUGGGAAAUAGCCUAGAAUGCUGUAAUUGUAUUGUUUUGUGAUAUACAUGUAGCAUGAACUAAUGUAUUCAGAAUAUUUGGUGCCCUAUGCCCCUGUUGUUUGGCUGUUUUACUCUCAAAGACCUCAUAAUGAUACUUUAAUUGUGUAGUUCUAGUUUUGUUAUAAAAAGCCACAUGAUAUUUUUGAACAAUAUAAAAUGUUUAUAACUGGUAUGAAAAUAACAAAGUUGGCCUUGAUUUAUCUUGGGUGCUGCUUGUUCAAAUCCUGAUCAUGUAUUUGAUAUGCAUACCAGUCAUUAAAUAUAACUUUGUUUAUUUUUGCUUAUGCAUUAUAUAACAGAACAUAUUUUUGCCACUGUUUACUCAUUUUAUGUUUAUGUUGGGCUUAUAAAUUAUUUCAUUAAAUAAUUAUGACCAACAGAGCUUAUAUGUCAUGAAUACAAUGUAAAAUAUUUGUCAUCAAAAAUUGUCAUGAAAAUACUAUAACUAAAACAAAAAAUGUAUAGUUGUGGAUUGUUCAAAACAGCUAAAUAUAUUAAAUUUUCAUUAAUGUGUCAAUUGAAAUCAACGAUCAUUUUAAUGUAUUUUUUGCUAUAAAUGAUUUUUUAUGAUGACAUAUCCAUUAAAGCAUGAAUUUAUUUUAUUUGUAUUCUGUCAUAUACUUUAGUAAAUUAUUGUCAGGGUAUAUGUGUUAUUGUACUUGAUUGUGCUUUGUUUCCAAAAACUAAUUUCCAAGAUUACUUACUAUGAUGUCAUGUAAAAUACUUAUAAAACCGACAUAUCACAACAAUAUCAAAAUGGUGCCAUAUAUACUGCAUUUAUAUAUAUGAACCCAUUUUUAAAUUUUAAGUAAUAUCAAUGCAGUCAAUUAAAAUCCUAUUGAUUUUGUAUGUUUUAACGAAACCAGUGUUUUUUUUUAUAUUCUUGUUUGAACUUAUUUAAACAAGAAUAAGAACACAUUAAAAGAGAUAAAAAUCAUACAAUGUAAUAUUUGUACUUAUCCCUUUACCACUUUAGAUACGUAUUUUGACACAUGUGUAGUCCAAUAGAAAGUUAUAUUUAAUUGAAGAACUUUCUUACUAGAUUCAAGUUUUAAAACUUCAUUUCCAACCCUUAGAUACUGAUGAGCAGCAAACAGCAUAAAACCUAAACAGACUGCGAGUUACUCACAGGCUGUUCUGGUUUGAUGCUUUUUGCACAUAGCUAUUUUAACUUUUCUUCUGAGUGGGAAAGGGUUAGUACUAAAAAUACAGAUAUUUGUUCAUGAUUAAUUAGCCUGUGUUGUGUGUUUGUGGAAAACAAAAUAUCUUGUAUAUAAUCAUUGUGUGAAUUCUAUUAAUGUUCAAUAUACCUGCAUGAAAAUACAUGCAGUCAAUUGUUGAAAAAAGUGUUUAUAUUUAAUAGCGAAAUAAUUUAUAAAAUUCUGUGUAUUUAUGUUGAGACUUUGGGAACAAGUUGUGUAUAUUUUUGUUAUUAGAACAGAUCUGUUUUAAAAUAUAUAUUUCAACUUCUCCUGUUGUAUGGUUUUCAAUUGUAGAGGAUGGUAAUUUUGUAUUUUUUCUACAUUUAUAAGCAUACAUGGUAGUUCAUUAUAUUAAUAUGUAUAUUUACAUAUAAUUAAAAUGUAAUAAUAUAUUUUAGUUCUAUAAUUAUGUUUAUGGUUUAUAUAUGAGCCACGUUAUUGGAAAACUAAAAGUGGAAAGUGUCUUUCCUGACUAGCCUGUGCAGACAGCACAGGCUAAUCUGAGGCUACACUUUACGCCCAAGCUUUAAACCACGUUUUCACAGAGCGCAGCUCAAAUGUUACCUUCCUUUGUUACAUAGUGUUCAAAUGUAGAGGAUAUUUAUUAUCUACAUUUAACCCAUUUAUGCCUAGCGUCAAGAAAAAAGGCCUUGGCAAAUAUUCUAAAUUUAGUAAUAAAUAUACUAGACAUCCUUAAUUUUGGUAAUAAAUUGAUCCAAUUUAGAAGGAUGGGAGAGUCCACUAGGCAUAAAUGGGUUAAUACUUCUCACAUGUUUGUUGUUCAAGCACUAAAAACCUCACUGUUCUAUGAUAUUCCAGCCACUAUGUGGCCUUGCUUUUAUAUACACCUGCCUUCUACAUUCCAAAGUUCUGUUGAAUAACAGGUAUUUAAAUUAAACUUGAAAAAAACUUAGACUUACCAAUUGUUUUUAUAUUGAUUACCUUAAAUUAAAUAAGAGUUUUUAGAUUAGUGUUUGUUUGUUCAUGUAUUUCAUGUACACAUCGACCCUCAGAUGGGGGUAAUCAUGUGACAAUCAAGAUGGCAUCAUCCAUUCGGAGACAGGUAUUUUUUGCCGUUUUGUACCAUUUAUUACUUGUUUUAAUUGUUUAAAUGCUGCUAACUUUCUAGCCAUAUCAGCAAGACAGUGAUUAGUGUUUAUUUUGUUUUAAUAUUUGCUCUUUAUGUCAACUUUACUCGCUGUCAAAUUUCUUAGACAGAGCUGUAAUUUUGUGACCCACCAAGAAAAUUUGCAGCAAGUAAAAGUGAGGGACAUUUUAACAAUUGACAAAAGUAAUAAAGGGUAUAAAACGUCCAAAAAUACCUGAAUCAGCAUGGACGUCGCCAUCUUGUUUGUCACAUGAUAACCCCCUCUGUGGACAUUUAGCCAUGAUAAAAUAUACGAGUCUGGCUCUGGGAAUAUGGGGCUUAAUACAUAUGUGUAAGGGUCAUCCCAGAGUCUGUGCAGUCCACACUUAAUACAUAUGUGUAAGGGUCAUCCCAGAGCCUGUGCAGUCCACACUUAAUACAUAUGUGUAAGGGUCAUCCCAGAGUCUGUGCCGUCCACACUUAAUACAUAUGUGUAAGGGUCAUCCCAGAGCCUGUGCAGUCCACACUUAAUACAUAUGUGUAAGGGUCAUCCCAGAGUCUGUGCAGUCCACACUUAAUACAUAUGUGUAAGGGUCAUCCCAGAGUCUGUGCAGUCCACACUUAAUACAUAUGUGUAAGGGUCAUCCCAGAACCUGUGCAGUCCACAUCCCAGAGCCUGUGCAGUCCACACUUUACGCCAAUGUAAUAGACCCUGUUUUCUCAGAUUGAGGCUCAUUUACAUUAGUCUGAUCGUGUUAGAAUCAUGUAAGAAUCAUAAUGAUAUUUGCAUUAUUGUUGUCUAUCAAGCAAUGUGCAACGUUGCUUAUUUAAAGCAAAUGUUUACAGUUUCUACUAAAUAAUUGUAUAUAUUAUAUAUUUCAUGUUGUUAUGUUUCUGUCCUGCUAUGACAAUGUUUACAAAUUGUUUAUUUGUUGACACAAUCAUGAGUUUUGUUAAAUGUUUGUAUGUUACAGAAUUUAUAUAAAAAUAUAUGAGCCUUUCUCAAGAAAAGGGGCUCAAUGCGUGUGCUUAAAGUGGCAUCUCAGACUAGCCUGCACAGUCCACACAGGCUAUUCAGGGACAAGACUUUCGGCUUUCGUAUUUUUUGAUGAAACAAAAUUUCUUCAUAGCAAAAUUCCAGCUUAGCCAGAAAGUAUCAUCCUGGAAUAGCCUGUGCAGUCUGCCCAGCAUAAUCUGGGAUGACACUUUAUGUUUAUGCAUUAACCCCCAUUUCCCAGAGCACAGCUCAUCAAAAUAGCGAAUGCUGAAGCCUGUAUGAUUAUAUCUGACUGUUUUCUUAUGGAUUAACCCUUUCCCACUCAGAAGCAAAGUGAAAAUGGCUAUGUGCAUACAGCAUAAAACCAGAACAGCCUGCGAGUAACUUGCAGUCUGUUCAGGUUUUAUGCUGUUUGCUGCUCAUCAGUAUCUAAGGGUUGGAACUGAAACUUUAAUAACUUGGAUCUAGUAAGAAAGGUCUGCAAUAACAUUUAGCUUUCUGAGGGACUACAAAUGUGUGAAAAUAAGUAUCUAAGUGCUAAAGGGUUAAGUGUUUGCAUCUUCUUACUGCUUUUUUCUACACUUGUUUCAUGAUCAAAUAAGUUAUGUGUGUUGCCAUGUUGAUGUCUCAAACAUGCGGAUAAGCAUAAUAUGAACAACAAGUGAAACACAGUAUCAUGUUGUUUUUUGUCUUAUGAAAUUUGAUAAUUUAUAGAACAAUGAAGUCUUAUCGAUCUAUUUGAAUAUUCUGCCAUGUCAUAUAUUUAAUCCCGCCAAAAGGUUUAGGGAUAUACAAAUGGUAGGCUUUAUUCGGCUUGUCCAUCAAACUCCUCUGUGAUAAACUCCUUCAUUUUGCGUCUGAUUUUCAUCAAAAUUUUACCCAAUAUUUACCUCCAAGUGCUACUGUGCAUAUUGUAAAGGUUCUUCAAUUGCUUUAUUUAAGCUCACCUGAGCUCAACAUGCUCAUUGGUUCAUUUGAACAAAAACUUUAAUUCAAGCAGUUUUGUUCAUGCAUGACAUCAUUCGAAAGACGAUGUGAACAAUAUUUAAAUUGAAUCACAUGAUUUUAUAUUUCACACUUCUGUGUAAAUACUUAAAGGUGACAUGAGAAAAAAUAUAAGCCUCAAAUCACCAUGUCAAAAAUAUUGUUAUGAUCCAUGUGAAAAAAAUAAGCGGCAAUGCCCCAAAGUGAACACAAUAAACUCCAAUGUUCCAUAAUUUUAUGAACACAGUUAACUGCAGUGUCCAAUAUGAACACAGUAAACUCCAAUGUUCCAUAAGUUUAUGAACACAGUAAACUGCAGUGUCCCAUUUGAACACAGUAAACUGCAGAGUCCCAUGCAAACACAAUAAAUUGCAGAGUCCCAUGUGAACACAAUAAACUGCAGAGUCCCAUGUGAACACUAUAAACUGUAGUUUCCCAUGUGAACACAAUAAACUGCAAAGUCCCAUGUGAACACAAUAAACUGCAGUUUCCCAUGUGAAUGCAAUAGACUGCAAUGUCCCAUGUGAACACAAUAGACUGCAAUGUCCCAUGUGAACACAAUAAACUGCAAUGUCACAUGUGAACACAAUAAACUGCAAUGCCCCAUGUGAACACAAUAAACUGCAAUAUCCCAUGUGAACACAAUAAACUGCAAUGCCCCAUGUGAACACAAUAAACUGCAAUGCCCCAUGUGAACACAAUAAACUGCAAUGCCCCAUGUGAACACAAUAAACUGCAAUGUCCCAUGUGGACACAAUAAAAUGCAAUGCCCCAUGGGGACACAAUUAACUACAAGGAUCGAUGUGAAAACAAUCAGCUACAAUGCCCCAUGUGAACACAAUAAACUGCAAUGCUCCAUAAUAAGAAAACUAAAAUGAAAUUCCCCAUGUGAACAAAAAGAAGCUUUAAAUCUCCAUAAGAACACAAUAAACUGCAAUGCUCUAUAUGAACACAAUUAACUGCAAUGCUCCAUGUGAACAAAAUAAACUGCAAUGCCCCAUAUUAACAAAUAUCAAAUAUACAUCACAAGCUGCAAAAUGUUGACUGAUUUCAUGUUCAUACAAUAUUUUUUUGUAUUUUGUAUAUUUUUAUUGUGUUUAUUUCGUUAAUUUCUUCUUAUUGCCAUUUUGGUCUGUUUUUCUUCUAUUAAACUGAACAAUAAAAAGAUGUUUAUAUGUAUUUCUACGUAAUAAAGAUUUAUUUUCAGAGUGUUAAACUUUUGUGACCGUAUUGUUGUUGUUUAAUUAAAUGUAUCCAUGGUUAAAUAAAAGGUAUGUAACUGUU